UUUACAUUUAACGUAUUCAGUUGUUGCUAGAGCAGACUACAUAAUAUCAAACUCGUUUCGCAAAUUUUAGCAAAAAUGUCGUCACUCUUACCCGAUUUUCCUCCAGGACCGUUGGACUUUUAUCGAAACAAAGCCUCUUUCGACUGGAAAAAAAUGAAAAUAUUUGUUGAAAGCGAGGAAGUUGUUCGAUUUCUGAACUACGCCAGCGAUGUUUUGCAAACUCUCCCCGACUUCCAAACCGACGACCAUUCACCAACUCUCGACCAACAAAGACAUAAAACCUUCAAGCAAGCCGUAGCCUUAACUCAAACCGACUUUAACGAAAAAACCGGAAAAGCGAAAACCGUUGCAGCUGCGGUACGAACGUGUAUCCAUAUAGCCCCUUCAGCAUUUGCUAAGUUUGGCAUAAACCGACACUACUUCAGAGAUAUUCUUCAGAAUCAAGGCACCGAUAGACACAGAAAGUUUCUCGAAGACGCCAAAAACAAUAGGAUCAAUGGGUGCUUCUGUUUGACCGAAAUCGGGCAUGGUAGUGACACCAAGAGUAUGAGAACGACUGCAACCUAUGACAAAGAAACUGGAGAGUUCGUGAUGGACACUCCAGAUUUUGAAGCUGCGAAGUGUUGGGCUAGCGGUUUGGGCAAAACUGCGACACAUGCAAUAGUGUUUGCCCAGCUGGUCCUGGACGGUGUGUUUUAUGGGUUGCAUUGUUUCGUGGUACCGAUCAGGGAUGCGAGAACGUUGUUGCCUUAUCCGGGUUUGGUUAUAGGGGAUAUGGGUGAAAAAGUGGGGCUUCAAGGAAUUGACAAUGGGUUUGUAAUGUUCAAUAAGUACCGCAUUCCACGCGAGAAUCUUCUGAAUAAGUACGUAGACGUGACUGUGGAUGGAGAAUAUAAAACCUCGUUUAAGAGUGUCCAAGAAGUUAUGCAAAUGACUUUUGCUGCUCUUUCCAAGGGGCGUGUUAAUAUUGCGACUUUGGCAGAGGGAUAUGGUGCUAGAGCUAUCACCAUAGCCGUAAGGUACGCAGCAGUCAGAAGACAGUUUGGGCCGGACGAAGACACUGAAAUUCCGAUUCUGGAAUAUCAGUCACAUCAAUAUCGACUUUUCCCAUACUUAGCUGCCAUAUACAUCGUCAGAUUGUUUACCAUGUACCUGAUUGACAUUAUUGACAAGUUGGAAAUAGAACAAGACAAAAGAUCUUUUUCGGAUUUGAUAACAGAAAUCCACGUACUGUCUACGGCUUCUAAGUCCAUAGCUGGUUGGUUAUUCAGAGACGCUAUUCAAGAGUGUCGAGAAGCUUGUGGUGGUCACGGCUACCUCAAAGUGAGUGGCAUUGGAGACACUUGAGCCAACCACGACGCUAAUUGUACUUACGAAGGCGACAACCACGUCAUAAUUCAACAAACCAGCAACUGGUUGAUUAAACUGUGGCCCAAGAUUGAACAAGGUACAAAAAUCGAAACCCCAUUACAAUCAGCGAACUUCUUAUCUGACGCUUUCGACAUUCUCACCCACCAGUUCCACGCAACAAACGUACAAGAACUAUGUAAACCUGAAAAUAUAGUGGACGCUCAUCAGUGGUUAGUCUGUUACUUACUUAAAGAAACCAAAAGUAAAGUCGAGAGUUUAAAGCAAACACGAGGCUCCUUCUGGGUUAAAAACGACACCCAAGUGUUUUUUGCCAAAAGUUUGAGUACUGCGUUCAUCCAGCACUUCUUUUUGCAACGGAUGUUGAUAGUUAUCAACGAAGCUACUGACGUUAGUAUCAAAAAUGUCCUUUUGAAAUUAUUCUCUUUGUAUGGUCUCUGGACUUUGGAAAAAUUCCUCUCCACGUUGUACGAAGGCGGUUACAUGCAGGGUCCGCAAGGGUCCCGUUUGGUACACGAAGCAAUUUUGUCUUUGUGUAGUGAUAUUAAAAAUGACGCUGUUGCUUUGGUUGAUGCUGUAGCUCCUCCCGAUUUUGCAUUGAACUCGGUUUUGGGAGCUUCGGAUGGCCAAGUUUACCAGAGGCUGCAGACGGCUAUGUUUUCGGUACCUAAUGGAAUGAGCAGACCGAGCUGGUGGCAGGAAGUGGUGAACUGGAAAAGUAGUAAAAUUUGAUUUUGGUGUUUUUGUUCGAGAGUGUAGUCACACUUGUUGGUUUUAAUUAAUAAAAAUUUGGGUAGGUUGAA